AUGUUGAUUUCCGUGUAUUAUGUUAUAUUUGCUGUUUCUAUUGGCAUUAUAUUAAUUUCUUACGUAUUUUUACUCUUAAAAUGCAAGCAAAAAGCAUGUGUGGCAAUCGAACAUUUAUGCCAAGAAAAAAAAAAAAAGCAAUGUUUUGAUCAGGCACCGGGGCCACAUCCUUGGCCAAUAAUCGGAAACAUAAAUUUACUUGGUCGAUUUCAAAAUAAUCCAUUUUACGGUUUUGGCACAUUGACCAAAAGGUAUGGCGACAUUUACUCCAUAACUCUUGGACACACUCGGUGUUUAGUGGUAAAUAAUGUUGAUUUAAUAAAAGAAGUCUUAAACAAAAAUGGAAAAUACUUUGGCGGACGUCCAGAUUUUUUUCGAUAUCACAAGCUUUUUGGCGGUGAUCGAAACAACUCACUGGCUCUUUGCGACUGGUCUCAAUUACAACAAAAGCGGCGAAAUCUAGCUCGGCGACACUGCUCUCCUCGGGAAUCAUCCUCUUAUUUUUCAAAGAUGUCCGAGAUCGGAAACCUUGAAGUUAAUCAAUUAUUGGACCAGUUUAUUAACAUUUCUUCAGGAAAUCCGAGUGAUAUAAAACCCUUAAUACUUGCAGCUAGUGCCAAUAUGUUUUGUCAAUAUAUGUGUUCAGUUCGGUUUAAUUACACCGAUACGGGUUUUCAAAAGGUAGUUGAAUACUUUGAUAAAAUCUUCUGGGAAAUUAAUCAAGGGUAUUCUUUUGAUUACAUACCUUGGCUGUUACCAUUUUAUUGUAAUCAUAUAAAUCAAAUUGUGCACUGGUCAACUAGUAUACGUAAAUUUAUUUUAGAGAGAAUAGUGAAUCAUCGGGAAUCAAACAUUAAUUUAAAUCAUCCUGACCAAGACUUUACUGAUGCAUUGCUAAAAAGUCUAAAGGAAGACAAGAAUGUUUCUCGUAAUACAAUCAUUUUUAUGCUAGAAGAUUUUAUUGGAGGACACUCAGCGGUUGGAAAUUUGGUAAUGUUGGCACUGGCAUAUAUAGCCAAAAAUCCAACGAUUGGGGAACUUAUCAGGAAUGAGGUAGACGCAGUUUCCACAAAGGGUACAAGGAGAAUCAGUCUUUAUGAUAUGAACGUAAUGCCAUACACGAUGGCAUCAAUUUUAGAGGUUUUACGAUACUCCUCGUCUCCUAUUGUUCCUCAUGUAGCAAUGGAAGACCUAGUAAUAAAAGGAUAUGGGGUUACAAAGGGUACAAUCGUUUUUAUAAAUAAUUAUGUUUUAAAUAUGAGCGAAAGCUAUUGGAAUCAUCCUGAACAAUUUGAUCCUGAGCGGUUUUUGGAGAACAAAUAUACAAAUAACAAAGAAAAUGGUCAAAAAUGUGAUUACAAAAAAACGACCUUAGGCGGGUCAGACUUCAGGUUAGAGUUCAAUAAAGAAAAGGAAAAGAAAAUGGACUUAAAAAAAAAAAAUUCCCCACAUAGACAGCUCAAAAAGAGUAUUCCCCAUUUCUUACCUUUCAGUGUUGGCAAACGUACAUGCAUCGGACAAAAUCUAGUUAGAGGAUUCGGAUUUCUUUUACUUGCUAACAUCAUACAAAAUUAUAACGUUAACAGUGCAGACUUUUCCAAAAUUAAGUUAGAAAGAUCGACCGUGGCCUUGCCAACAAAAUGCUUUAAGCUUUCAUUGCGGACAAGAACAUAA